AUGGAUGAUGAUGCAGAAACUUAUAAACUUUGGAGAAUUCGUAAAACUGUUAUGCAGCUUUGUCAUGACCGUGGUUAUUUAGUAACUCAGGAUGAAUUAGAUCAAACUUUAGAACAAUUUAAGGAACAAUUUGGAGAUAAACCCAGUGAAAAACGGCCUGCUAGGAGUGAUUUAAUUGUUCUAGUUGCUCAUAAUGAUGACCCAACUGAUCAAAUGUUUGUAUUCUUUCCUGACGAAGCUAAAAUAGGAAUUAAAACCAUUAAAACAUAUUGUACUAGAAUGCAAGAAGAAAAUAUUCAUAGGGCAAUAGUGGUAGUUCAGGCAGGAAUGACUCCGUCCGCUAAGCAGUCAUUAGUCGACAUGGCCCCAAAAUAUAUUUUAGAACAAUUCUUGGAAUCUGAAUUGUUAAUUAAUAUUACGGAGCAUGAGUUGGUACCUGAACACAUUGUGUUAACACCUGAUGAAAAGCAAGAAUUAUUAGCUAGAUAUAAAUUAAAGGAAAAUAUGUUGAUGAGAAUUCAAGCUGGUGACCCUGUGGCUAGAUACUUUGGACUAAAAAGAGGGCAGGUGGUGAAAAUCAUUAGGUCCUCUGAGACUGCUGGAAGAUAUAUUUCAUACAGAUUAGUUUGU